AUGGAUAAGCUGAUUGUCAAGGAUCUUGCUGUGCGCAACAUUACUGGAGUUGAUUCUUGGGAAAGAUCAAAACAACAGCCUUUGAUCAUCACUGUAGUGGGUUAUACUGAUGUGGGUCUUGGUGGAAUGCACGACUUGCUAUCAGAAUCAGUAUCGUAUUCAGCAAUCUCGAAAGAAGCUCAAAAGUUUGCAGAAAGUUCUGUGUUUCGUUCAUUAGAAAAACUUGCUGCUGGCAUCGUUUAUGCUUGCUUGACAAAGUUUCCGCUGGAAUGUGUGUCUGUAAAAGUACUCAAACCUCGUGCAUUGCUUCAUGCGACCAGUGCUGGCGUAGAACUUGUUCAAACUGUCGCUGCAGAUCCUUACCGUCGUGCUGACAUUCUAUCCAUCAACGAUCUUGUACUCAACUGCAUUAUUGGCGUGAAUGCAUGGGAGCGAGAAGAGCGUCAAAAUAUUAUUGUUAAUAUUCAAAUGUUUGUCGAGUUGGACGAUCAAGCACUCAUUGCUGAUCAUGUACCCAAAAUGCAGAAUUAUCGAACCAUCACUCGUAUGCUGACUAAACUAGUCGAAGAAUCGUCCUACAAAACUGUCGAGGCUCUUGCUAUUCGCAUUGCUCAUUUGCUGAUUCAAGUCUGUUUUGUUCCAAAAGUCACAAUCCGAAUUGAAAAACCAAGUGCGCUCACGUUUGCUGCAUCUGCUGGUGUAGAAAUCACUCGUACUCGGUCAUCUUUGCUGAAUGAAACUCACGUUCCUAUUUCUCUAAAGGAUUCUGCGUCAAAUGCCGUGGUUUUUUUGGCAAUUGGUUCUAAUCUAGGUGAUCGUGCCCAAAAUAUUCACAAGGCUUUGGAUUGUUUAAUCAAUUCGAAAAUCUCCAUUGCGGAUACCUCGUUUUUAUAUGAAACUUCUCCAAUGUACAUUACAGACCAGCCUUUGUUUUUAAACUGUUGUAUCAAGAUCAAGACCUGUCUAUCUCCUCAUGAUUUACUAUGUUUGCUCAAGAAAAUUGAAGCUGAUCUUGGACGCGAUCUUCAUGGAGGAGUCUGCAAUGGACCACGACCCAUUGACCUUGAUAUUCUCUUUUAUAACCAACUUGAACUUAACUCGGAAACCCUUGUUAUUCCUCAUCCUCGAAUUACUGAGCGAGCUUUUGUUCUUUGUCCACUUUGCGAUAUUGCGCCUGAUAUGGAACAUGUUGGUAAAUUCCGUACGAUUCGUCAAGAGCUUGCUUUGUUGAAACAUGAGGAAAGCGAUGAUUGUAUUUGGAAAGUCAUGCCUGUUCGUGGAUCAGUCUGGCGAGUGGAUGAACGUACUCGCAUCAUGGGUGUUCUCAACGUCACACCUGAUAGCUUUAGUGACGGAAACAAAUUUAUGAAUGUUGAAAGUGCUGUUUCACAUUCAUUAAAAAUGGUGGAUGAAAAUGUGGAUAUCAUUGAUGUAGGUGGCCAUUCAACCAAUCCAGGAUCGGAUGCAACAUGUGAAUCUGACGAGCUUGAACGAGUCACAACAUCCAUUCGUGCUAUUCGUAAACAUAAUUCAAGUGUACCCAUUUCUGUGGAUACGUUUCGUGCAAGUAUCGCAACGGCUGCCAUUGAAGCUGGUGCUGAUUUCAUCAAUGAUAUAUCUGGUGGUUCAAAAGAUCCUGAUAUGCUCAAAGUCAUGGCUGCAUCUCAUCUACCUGUCUGUUUGAUGCAUAUGCGUGGAGAUUCAAAAACAAUGAUGAGUUUGACUGAUUAUGCUGGUGAUGUCAUUGGCGCUAUCCAUUCCUCCAUGACAGAUCUUGUACAAGCUGCUAUCAAAGCUGGCGUGUACCGUUGGAAUAUUAUGAUCGACCCAGGCAUUGGGUUUGCUAAAACUAUGGAUCAAAAUUACGAGAUUCUUAAAAGAUUACCAGAUAUUGCCAAGCCGAAUACUGCGCUAGAAGGAUUUCCUAUAUUGGUUGGACCAUCACGUAAACGCUUUAUUGGUGAAACCCUUCAAGAAAACGACCCUACAAAACGUGGUUGGGGAACUGCUGCUGCAUGCUCUGCUGCUGUGGCUGGAGGUGCCAGUGUUAUGCGAGUACACGAUAUCAAGGAAAUGAGAGAUGUUAUUCUUGUUGCUGACAAAUGCUUCCGGAUGUAA